ACUUCAAGAGCCGGCAUGCAUGUCACACGUAAGUAAAGUCCUUUUCUUUCGACGAAGCAACAAAUGAGGGCAGGCAAAAGGCGCCCCACGAGGAACGAACCCAUGCACAUCAAAGCAAAACGUGCCCGCACGGCAUAUGAUAUGUGGACCAUUAUUCGGGAAUAUACCGACCACAAAGCAACAUUGGUGCUCUAUGGCCCACCCUACACACGACGGUGUGCACGUCUCAUGAGUCAUGAACUAGGCGAGCAAGGUGGCCCACAGCUGCGCAACAAAACCGUACCUUUAAACCCACAAGAUGACACCGGCCCCUAGUUUUCAUGCAGGACAGCGCUUCCACAGCUAGAACAAUGUGGGAAGAAAGGAACAAAUUCAGUUUGAUUUAAAGGGUGAGACUACAAAUUGAUUUUAGUUGCUACCCCGUGAGAGAGAGAUACGAGAGAGAGAAGAGGAGGGGGUUGAGGGAGGCGCGUCCCUUGGUGGUGGUUCUUGCGGGGUUUUGGAGGCUUUGUUUCGGUAAUGGAGAUGGCUCUCCUACCCCGGAGCCCUCUCUGCUCUCGAGGAAGGUCAGCGCCAGUGGUCCGGCCAACCACCUUGGACGGUGGCUCCGCUCAGCCUUUCUUGAGGACUAGCGGAUUUGCCAGAAGCAGGAUUAUUUGGUGCACAGUAGCAAGUUCAGGUCCGGCGAAUAGUUCUUAUUUGGUUGGUUUGUUUGUUGUUCUGCUGACAUCAUGUUUUCUUACAUUACCUUAUGCAGAUUGUCCUAAUAGGAAAUCAAGGAAGAUGGUGUAUCCUAAGGUAAAACUCACUGCUUUUAGCGGGUAUGUUCCAAGACUCCCUGCUGAAUCGAGCACCGAGAAGAGUGAACACCAUGAUAGUGAUGAAGGUGAUGGUAUAUACAAUAGGCUGUUAAGUACAGAUAUAGAAGGUUUAGAAACUGCUGAAGUGGAUUUGCCAGAAAAUGCUUCGAGCAGUUCAGCAUAUGGGGAAGUGGAUGUGGCAGAAGAAGCUGCACUGGACAUGGUUGAGGUCGAAUUGUCAAGAAAUGCAUUGACUAAUAUGUCAUUAGGGGAAGUGGAAGCAGUAGAUGAAGCUGCGGUCGAAGAAGAUAAAUUUGCGGUAGAUCUCUCAGGAAUUGAAUUGAGCAUUGCUGCAGUUUGCGAACUUGAUCCAAAGGAUGAAGCUAAAGCUAAAGAAGACAUAUUUAUGGCAGUGGAGUCUUCAGAUGAAACCUCUGAUGUAGAGAAUGAGCAAUGGCAAUAUCCAGCACUGCCAUCAACAUCCAUAGAGGACAAGGCCAAUAAUGAAACACAUGGAAGUUUGAAGCCUCAGUCCAUGCCACUUGUCAGGGUCCAGGAACAAGGCAAAUCAAUUGUUGGUGUGCCUGAGCAAAUCCAAUCCAUUGUUGUUUACAGAAAACCAGAUCAAUCUAUUGUUGCUUCUCACAGAAAAGAUGAAUCGAUUGCUGUUGUGCCCGAGCAAAUACAAUCCGUUGUUGGUUAUAGUAAACCAGAUCAAUCUAUCGUUGGCGUGCCUGAUCAAAUCAAAUCCAUUGUUGGUUACAGUAAAGUAGAACAAUCAGUUGUUCAUAUCCCUAAAGAAGAACAAUCCGUAGUUGGCUUUCCUAAACAGGACCUAUCAAUUGUUGGCACCACCAAAGAGUCUCAAACAAAGAAACUUGAUUUUCCUGGGAGUCACCAUGCAUUUCGUACGGAGGGAGUAGAAGCUAAGGAGGGAGAUUACACACCUCAAAAACCUGAUGGGGAUAUGCUUCAUGCAAAGUCUGAUGUUGAUGACUUGUUACAGAAACACAAGAAGGAUUUCUCUGAAGAAGAAUCGGAGACGAUAACUAGCAUUGAAGAGCAGAUAAAUACAAGCAUGGAGGAAGAACAAUGCAUUGUUACUGAGGAAGGCAUUCCAGAGGUUGAGGAUGAGAUGGAAACGGGCGAGGACAGGUUUCUGCAUCAACUUUCUGAAGAAGAGAGUUCAUGGGCUGAAGAUGAAGUGGAGACAACUGAGGAUGAAGAACAGUAUGAAGUUGAGGAGUCGUCUUUUGUGUCUGCCGAACAAGAUACCCAAGAAUCACCACAGGAUUACCUGGAUCCACAAGCACUACAGAGGAUGCUUCAAGAACUUGCUGAAAAAAAUUAUUCGCUGGGAAACAAACUUUUUGUUUUUCCAGAGGUACUGAAAGCUGAUUCAACUAUUGAUCUCUAUUUCAAUCGUGAUCUAUCAUCUUUAGCCAAUGAGCCUGACGUACUCAUCAAAGGAGCAUUCAAUGGGUGGAGGUGGAAGUUUUUCACUGAAAAAUUGCACAAGAGCGAACUGGGAGGGGACUGGUGGUCCUGCAAACUGUACAUUCCCAAGGAGGCAUACAGAUUAGAUUUUGUGUUCUUUAAUGGUCGUACAAUGUAUGAAAAUAAUGGCAGAAAAGAUUUUGUGAUACCAAUAGAAAGCACCAUGGAUGAACAUUCGUUUGCCGAUUUCUUGGUUGAAGAAAAGCAAAGAGAACUUGAGAGAGAAGCUCAAAGGAAGAGCCAGACUGAAGAGCAGCAGCGAUUAGAGGAAGAAAGGGCUGCAAAUGAAGCUGACAGGGCACAAGCGAAGGCUGAGGUACAGACACAGAAGAUUAAAUUGCAGAAUGUAUUGGAUUCAGCCAAAGCUUCUGUUGAUAAUUUGUGGUACAUAGAACCUAUCACAACUAUGCAAGGGGCUACUGUCAGAUUGUAUUACAACAGACACUCGAGACCACUUGUUCACAGUACUGAAAUUUGGAUGCAUGGGGGCUACAACAAUUGGAUUGAUGGACUCUCUUUUUCUGAAAGACUUGUUCAUAUUGAUGACAAAGAUGGUGAUUGGUGGUAUGCAGAUGUUGCCUUACCUCAAAGAGCAUACGUGUUGGACUGCGUUUUUGCUGAUGGGCCACCAGGGAAUGCAAGGAAUUAUGAUAACAAUGGCAGACAAGAUUUUCAUGCUAUCCUUCCCAAUAGCAUCAUGACUGAGGAAGGAUAUUGGGUGGAAGAAGAACAGAGGAUUUAUACAAGGAUUCAACGCGAGAGGAGAGAAAGGGAGGAGGCUAUUAAAAUGAAGGCUGAGAGAAGGGCAAAAAUGAAAGCUGAGAUGAGGGAAAAGACUAUGAGAAUGUUUCUGGUUUCUCAAAAACACAUUGUUUAUACCGAACCACUUGAAAUACGUGCUGGAACAACUGUUGAUGUGCUUUACAAUCCUUCUAAUACAGUGUUAAAGGGAAAACCAGAGGUGUGGUUUCGAUGUUCUUUUAACCGUUGGAUGCAUCCAGGUGGUGUGUUGCCACCCCAAAAGAUGGUAAAAGCGGAACAUGGUUCACACUUAAAAGCAACAGUUAACGUUCCGCACGACGCCUAUAUAAUGGACUUUGUUUUCUCGGAGUCAGAAGAAGGUGGAAUUUUUGACAACAGGAAUGGGUUGGACUAUCAUAUUCCUGUUUUUGGUUCCAUUGCAAAGGAACCUCCUAUGCAUAUUGUCCACAUUGCUGUUGAGAUGGCUCCCAUUGCAAAGGUUGGAGGUCUUGGUGAUGUUGUUACGAGUCUUUCACGUGCUGUUCAAGAUUUAGGACACAAUGUUGAGGUUAUUCUUCCAAAGCAUGAUUGCUUGAAUCUAAGCAAUGUGAAGAAUUUACAUAUACAUCAAAAUUUUUCUUGGGAUGGUUCUGAAAUAAAAGUAUGGCGUGGACUUGUUGAAGACCUCUGUGUUUACUUCUUGGAACCUCAAAAUGGGAUGUUUGGAGUCGGAUGUGUAUAUGGAAGGAAUGAUGACCGUCGAUUUGGCUUCUUCUGUCAUUCUGCUCUUGAAUUUCUCCACCAGAGGGGAUCUUCUCCAAAUAUAAUACAUUGCCAUGAUUGGUCAAGUGCUCCUACUGCCUGGCUAUACAAGGAAAACUAUGUGCAAUCCAGUUUGGCAAAUGCACGGGUUGUAUUUACGAUCCACAAUCUUGAAUUUGGAGCACAUCAUAUAGGCAAAGCAAUGAAAUAUUGUGAUAAAGCCACCACUGUCUCUAAUACAUAUUCAAGGGAAGUGUCAGGUCAUGGCGCCAUCGCUCCUCAUCUUGGAAAAUUCUAUGGCAUCCUCAAUGGAAUUGAUCAAGAUAUCUGGGAUCCAUACAGUGACAGCUUUAUUCCGGUCCAAUACACUUCCGAGAAUGUUGUUGAAGGCAAGCGUGCUGCAAAGAGGGCCUUGCAGCAGAAGUUUGGGUUACAGCAAAACGAUGUGCCCAUUGUUGGAAUCAUCAGUCGCCUGACAGCCCAGAAGGGAAUCCACCUCAUCAAGCAUGCGAUUCAACGAACACUUGAACGGAAUGGACAGGUGGUUUUGCUUGGUUCAGCCCCAGACCCUCGAAUCCAAGGUGAUUUUACCAACUUGGCACAUGAUCUCCAGAACCAAAACCAUGGUCGAGCGAGGCUGUGUUUAACCUACGACGAGCCUCUUUCACAUCUGAUAUACGCUGGCUCUGACUUCAUUCUGGUUCCAUCCAUAUUUGAGCCUUGUGGCUUAACUCAGCUGGUCGCCAUGCGGUAUGGAGCCAUCCCUAUUGUCCGGAAAACUGGAGGGCUCUACGACACUGUCUUUGAUGUGGACAAUGACAAGGACCGAGCCCGGGCUCGAGGCCUUGAGCCAAACGGGUUCAGCUUCGACGGAGCUGACAGCAAUGGUGUCGACUAUGCCCUGAACAGGCAAGCACAAUCUCACUGCAGUGCCUAGUUUCAGUGAACUCUGGAAAUUCUUACCUAUCGCUCUUUCUUCCGGGUGUUCCAUUUUCAGGGCGAUCACUUCUUGGUUCGACGCCCGGGACUGGUUCCACUCCCUCUGCAAGAGGGUCAUGGAGCAGGACUGGUCAUGGAACCGGCCCGCCCUGGACUACAUUGAGCUCUACCGUUCGGCAUCCAAACUGUGAGAACUGAGAACCCAACCUUAUGGCCAAUCUGUGAUCGCAACAAAG